UCUUACAUGUCAGAUAGGAGGGAGUGGGAAGGGGUACGAGACGCGGGGGCCCAACGCUCGCAGCCCGGUGUAACAGGGGGAUGGAGACCGGAUCUGUGGAAGAAGAAGAGGGCUGAUGUGACUCCGACUGACUCUUUUCUUGGCAACUUGAGCAUUACGAGCUCCGUCUGCAGAUGCAACCUGUCUGUCAUCCCAUUCGUCCCAGUAAUCCCUUUUUUAUUGCAGGGGGCUACAAGCAGAGGGGACUACAAUGACAACCUGGUGAAUGCAGACGAGAUGGAGUAAAACACCCAGCACAACGCAGGAUGCGCAUCCCCAACCCGACAAGGAAGAAGGUAGAGAAACCUGGCUGCUUUCCUGGUGUCGCAUGUCAGAGAUUUUCCGCGGUGCUGUGGAUUGAUCGUUUCCUUCAUCGCCCUCCUGCUGCCGGUGUCGGUGUAUAAUGGAGAGCUCCAAUGGCUCUGGCAGCGACACCAAACCGCAGAACCACCAGUUGGAGAAGAAGAGACUGAACCGAGCGCCUUCCCCGGCCAGACCCUUCCUCAAGGAUGUGCACUCCCGCUCCACCAAGCCACCUGCCAUCGUACCAAAAUCCCCCAAACUCAACAAGCAGCAGCAGUCUGCCACACUGCCCUUGGCCCAUCCGAGCCGCAGCUCCAGACGCAACACAACCGGGUCGAAAGAGAAACUAGCCACGGCAAAAAGUAACGCCAAGUCUUCCGUGGCGAAGAAGCCCACAAAGGUGCCCCAGCAUGCAGCAGCCGAGCCCAAAGCCGCCGGCAUCAAACCGGACAGCACCAGCAGUCCGAUCCUCGCCAAAAGCAAGAAGGGGAAACUAGCCUCGGGGUCCCCGGGCCCUCUCAGCCAUGGAUCCCCGAUCCGGGUACCGACCGGAGCGCCUCUCGGCCGGGUCAGCCAGACCGACAGCAGCUCAGACCUGUCAGACUGCCCGUCCGAGCCGCUGUCGGACGAGCAGAGGCUGGCUCCGGCCGCUAGUAGCGACGCUGAGUCCGGUACCGGCUCUAGUGACCGUGAUCAGCUGGGAGCCGAUAAUCCGCUGCGGGCAGAGGCGACCGGAGCGGCUGCCGAUGCUCCACUGCGCACAACCGAGGCUUCCGCCGCCAAGGGAAGCAUGUCUCAGGCUCAGCCCGCUCCGGGGGCGCACGGGGAGAAACACAAGCAGGAGAAACCCUCAUCAAGCGCACAAUUCAGACUGCCGGCCACCAAGGAUGGAGCUGAGGACGACCUGCUGCGGGAGGUUGAGGAUCUGAGAUCUGAAAACGACUACCUCAAGGAUGAAGUGGACGAGCUGCGGGCGGAGAUGGAGGAGAUGCGAGACAGCUACCUGGAGGAGGAGGUCUACCAGCUGCAGGAGCUGCGGCGGGAACUCGACCGCUCCAACAAGAACUGCCGCAUCCUGCAGUACCGCCUGCGAAAGGCCGAGCAGAAGAGCCUGCGGGUCGCGCAGACCGGCCACGUGGACGGAGAGCUGCUCCGUAGUCUGGAGCAGGACUUGAAGGUGGCCAAAGACGUGUCGGUGCGCUUGCACAACGAGCUGGAGAGCGUGGAGGACAAACGCAGCAGGGCCGAGGACGAGAACGAGCUGCUCAGACAAAAGAUCAUCGAGGUGGAGAUUUCCAAACAGGCGCUGCACAACGAGCUGGAGAGGACCAAAGAGACUGCACUGAGGAGACGAGGGAGCAGGGAAACAUUUAAAGACAAGAAGUCCAUUAGUCAGGAGGACAGUGCAGACCUCAGGUGCCAGCUCCAGUUUGCCAAGGAGGAGUCCAGCCUAAUGAGAAAAAAGAUGGCGAAGCUGGGCCGGGAGAAGGAUGAACUGGAGCAGGAGCUGCAGAAGUACAAGUCAGUUUACGGGGACGUGGACAGUCCCCUACCCCUUGCCGAGUGCUCCGGUGGUGGUCCUCACACCACUCGAGAGGCUGAGCUGCGACUACGGCUCAAGCUGGUGGAGGAGGAGGCCAACAUCCUGGGCAGAAAGAUCGUGGAGCUGGAAGUGGAGAACCGCAGCCUGCGGGCGGAAAACGAAGACAUCCGCUGUCAGUAUGAAAGAGACUGCUUUGGGCGGGAACCCUUCUCCAGCAUGCCCUCCUCGCCAUACGGAGGCGAUGCGCUGGAGUCGGCCAGUGAGCUGCGUCGCCAUCUACAAUUUGUGGAGGAGGAGGCUGAGCUGCUGCGCCGCUCCAUCUCAGAGAUUGAGGACCACAACAGGCAGCUGACAUCUGAACUCAAUCGCUUCAAGUUCGGCCCCAGCAGCAGCUCUGGGCUUGUUGGCGAGGAGGGUAGUGAGGGAGGAUUAUUCAAACCUGGUAAUGGGGGGAACGGUAAUGGCUCCAGCAGCGGGAUGAUGAUGGAGGAGCUUAAAUCAGCCAGGAUGCAGAUAAACGAGCUGAGUGGAAAGGUGAUGAAGCUGCAGUACGAGAACCGAGUCCUCAUGUCCAAUGUCCAGCGCUGCGACCUGGCAGCGCACCUGGGCCUGCGCACCGGCAGCCCUCGAGACAGCGAUGCAGAGAGUGAUGCGGGCCGGCGAGAAGCAGCGGAGGACGAAGAGGCAGGGCGACUUCUUCUCCUCCACCCCAAAAGGGAGGGCCCUAUUGGGGGCGAGAGUGACUCUGAAGAUCUGUUUGAGAAGACAACAACCACCUCAGGGUUCGGAAGCAUCAAACCCUCAGAUGGCAGUGAGCUCAGCGCCACUGAACUGGCCAACCGCAGGAGGGAAGAACGGGAGUCAUUCACCAACGUCAAACGUGAGGCGGAAAGGCUCGGGAAGACAGUGGACCGUCUGAUCACAGACACUGACAGUCUGAUCUUCGAGGGCAGGCUGCUGGUGACGACAGGAGAGAGCCUGGAAGGAGGGGCGGCGUCUGGAAACAAACCAGACACCCAAGUCCUGGACACCAUCAACACUCGCAUGAAGGCCUUCCGCACUGAGCUACACAUCUUCGUAGAGAAGCUGGACCACAUAGGGGAGGGGCUGAGAGAAAGGACAGACGACCUGUCACCCAUGCCAAACCUCACAGAGUCCAGCAGCUUCCUGUCCACAGUCACCUCCAUGUCCCGUGACUCUCCCAUUGGCACCUUUGGAAGAGACCUGGUGACAGACUUCCAGUCCGGUCAGAGGGAUGAGCUGGAGUGGCGUCUAGGACAGGAGCGAGGCGUGGAGCCCCAGAGCCAGAGCCAGGGUGGGGGCCAGGCCCAGAGCAGGGGAGCCACGGGACUCACUAGGUACCACAGGCCCCUGGCUUUAAGAGCAGAGCUCCGGGACACGCCUGCGUCCGACAUCCAGUUUCGCCUGGAUCACGAACGAAGGCUGCGAGCGGCGGCGGAGGAGCGGGAGGCCGCCGUGUCACUGCCUCAGCAGGAAGACGAGCGCUUGCGUCUGGAGGCCCAGCGUGGAGGUCUGGAGCUGCAGGGGCUCCAGAGUCACGAGGUGCCCUGGCCUCAGGAGAGAGCCAUGCUGCAGCAAGAGGUCCGACUCUUCAGACGCAACACCAUCAUCUUCUACAUGAAGCUCAGGUGGAUCCUCAUGCACUGGAGGCUUGGCCGCAAGGACGACUCCGGAGAGGAGCCCGUGCACCCGGAGUUCGAGAAGUUGGAGGGCAUCCCAGAGUUGGGAGUGAUAAUGGAGCAGGCGGAGGGGGAGUCGGAUCGAGACGACAGGCUGUGUUUACCGCAAACCCCAGGGGACGUCCCCGACACCGGGCCCAUCAUCCCUCUGCCGUCACCUGAUCGACACCUGCAGCAUCAAAGACAGUUUGGGGAGAACCGGCAGGUGCUGCAGGCCCUGCGGACGCUGCUGGAGGAGUUUCGGGAGGAGCUGCAGGAGGAGGAGGCGCGGCGAUGCCAACUGCAGCAGUCCUACGCCAAUGACAAAGCUGCCUGGGAGGUCAAGUGGGCAGAGAUGAAGUGCCAGGUCGCCCAGCUGGAGGAGGAGGCGCAAGGCAAGGUGCGAGGCGAAGCGCAGGGAGGAGAAGGGGAACUCGCCGCAGACCCCGAGUGGGCCCUGAACCAGGAGCGCAAGGAGCACCGGCGCCUGCUGGCCGAGAGCCACAGCGCCUCCCUGGACCUCCGCUGGAAGCUGCAGCACGGGGAGAAGCGGUGGGGCCGCGAGAGGGCCGAACUGCUGGAGCGCUUCGACCAGGAGCGGCAGGAGUGGGACGGCAGCAUGAGGGAGCUCCACCGCAAGAUGGAGAGGAUGCAAAGAGAGCUGAACACCCGGCGCGCCGAGAGCAUAGACGUCAAAGAUGGCGGCUCAGGCCACAGAGGUGUGUUUUCCCCUCAGGACAGUCCCCGCAACGCCCCCCGCUCACCUCGCUCCCCACGCUCCCCCUGUACGUCCACCCCUGUCCCCGUCCACCCCAUGCGCUCCCACUCCGACUCUGAGGCCAUGCUGGAGGAGCAGGGGGCCGCGAUGAGGCUGAAAGGCCCGACGGAGAACUUGUUCCUGGACGCGCUGUCUCUGGACCCCCUCAGUGGCCUGGAGGUCCCACCACCCUCCAGAUUGGAGAGUGAGAAGAGGUUCCCCUGCAUGAAGGAGGCUCUAAAUGAGAUUUCGGAGAGAGAAGGCGAUCCCGAGUACCCAGAGGAGGAGAUGGGCGGUGGGAGUCUGCUCAGAGCCAAGUCAGUGUGCUCCAUGAGUGACUUCCAGCGGUUGAUGGACAGCUCGCCGUUCCUGCCUGACAAGACUCGCCAUGGUGAUCAGGGCCAAGACGACAUCACCCCGCCGCUGUCCCCGGACGACCUCAAGUACAUUGAGGAGUUCAACAAUAAGGGCUGGGACUUCCCAUCAUCCACCUCUGGCCCGGGUCCCGCCCGGGAAGUGUGGACAGACAAAACCCCCGAGGCCCGGGGAGGGGAGCCCGUUCUUGAUCCAUUCCAGCCAGCCUCCUGGUUCCUCACCACCAGCGCCACCCUGACCACCAGCACCCUGAGCAGCCCUGAGCACUGCCACAAGUCCCCGCUGAGGGGCAACGGAGCAGGGGCGGCAGGGGUGGGAGUGGAGCACUGUGGGGUUCACAUCCUCCACAGCCCCACCAGACCUGGGGCAGCUGAGCGUCCUACUGCCCAAGACCCGGACUUCCUGUAUGCUAAAGGGACCAAAGCCAGGGGGGGAGGAGAGGCUGGGGUGGGAGCCAGCGGGCCAGAUGAGGUGUUCAGCAGUGGGCGGUGGGCAUGUGGCCUUCUGGAGAGUGGGGGAUUGAGGACUUCUCCUAACCAGUCUCCUAUCUGCCCCACAGUGGGCUACACCUCCUCUCUGGAGCUCCAGCUCUCCAGAAACAUGAGUGAUGACAUGAAGGAGGUGGCGAUCUCUGUGAGGAACGCAAUCCGCUCUCCGCCAGGGCCCGUCGUGAGGGACUCUGCCUGCCAGACCAACGGAUUCACCACGCGAGGCACUCAGACCACCCAGACUAUCAGUGUGGGUCUGCAAACGGACCUGCUGAGGAACCUGACCAGCAGCCCCCACCGUUGCCUCACCCCGAAAGGUGGCGGCACGCCUAUAUCUUCCCCGUCGCGCAGCCUGAGGAAGGUUCCGUACUCUCCUGUCGUCCAGAGCAAGUUUGAGCGACCCUGCUGCUCGCCAAAGUACGGCUCGCCCAAGCUCCAACGCAAACUGUCCACAUCCAACAAGGCUGAUCUACCCAAUGCCAGCCGCGCUCCCACCCCCACCACGCCGCAGAAGGGCAACAACGAGUCGGCGUGGGCCCGCUCCACCACCACUCGCGACAGCCCCGUCCAUACCACCAUCAACGAUGGCCUCUCCAGCCUCUUCAACAUCAUCGACCACACCCCAGUGGCCUACGACUCCAUGCAGAAAUUCAACAAGUCCCCCAGUCGCUCCCGCCCCGCCCCUCCCUCCACCGCCGAGCCCAGCCCCGCUCAAGACCCCAGGAACGUGCAGGAGUGCUCGCGAGCUGCUCGCGGGCGCUCGCCCAGCCCCGUGCAGCUGAUAGUGGAGACGCAGGGGGACAAAAACCCAGAAGUGGUGAGCAUACGGCAGGACCUGUCGGCCCCGCCGGGCUACACGCUGGCUGAAAACGCAGCCCGCAUCCUUAAUAAGAAGCUGCAGGAGCAGGGCAUUAGAGAGGAGAGGAGGCUGCAGGCUGGAGGACAGAGCAGCCACAGCAGAGACAGCAGCAGGCAGGCCGACUCAGACAGAGGACAGUCUGGAUGUAUGGAGGACCUGCCUCGCUCUCCGGUGGCUCCACCCCUGGACUCCUGCUUCCUGAGACCGGCCCGCCCGGCCAACCGCCGACCCCCCUCACGCUGGGCCGCCCGCUCCCCCUCCUCCUCCCCUAAGUGGAGCGAGGGCUCGAAGAGGCGGUUCACCUUCCCGCCGCCGGGACACCGGAAGACCAUCCUGGAGGGCGAGGAGCCAGCGUGAGGCCCUCCUCUACCUCCUCUCACCCCACUCCACCUCAGCCUAAAAGACCCAGUACCUCAGAAACCCCCUCCAAAUGUAGAGACUCCGACGAGACGGAGCCUGAAGGGGGGGUCGUGAUCCACCCAGUAGCACCAGCUGACCAUCGAGGAACCAGAACUUCACUUUAGAAGAGCCUGGAAUGUUCUGUAAUAUCAAAAAAAGACAUAAAACUACAUUUUCAUAAGAGGUGCCUGCACACACUUGAGUUACUCAUCACCCCACAUGUGUGUAUACGUGUAUUUAAUACAUAUGUGUGUAUUUUAGUCACAAUUCUGAACCUUUUUUCAGGUGAAAACUGUCAGUCAGCUGUUGCAUUUGUAUGAAGUUUACACCAUUUUUUUCCUCAUCUGUUUACAGUUUUCUUUUUCUACGUAAAACAUCUUUUACGUCGUCCCGCAUCAGUCGACGUUCGAGCUGUUUUUUGUUUUUUUUUUGUCCAAGAAGAGCGUAGCCUCACCUUUGUGUUGCCGGCCUUUGACUUUUCUGUUCAGCUUCAAGGAGAGGGAAGACAACACAAGCAAACAAACGUAAACUAACCUCUGCUUCAUCGGGUCCGAAGCAGAGGCACAUGAUGUCAUUUCUGAUGCUGAUGUAAAUUAUUUUUACGUUGGGAUGAAUGUUUGGCUCCGUAAACAUGUAGAAGAUGGGUGACGACAAACUGAAUAACCUUAUGCAUAACUGGAAGGCAGUUGUACAAAUAUCAGUCAAAUAUUUGCAUGCCUUUUGAACACUAGCACUUUAGUGCAUGUACAUACGAGCUCUAGUCAUUUGUGAUCACUCGGCUCCGCUGUGGGGAAAAAGAAAAAAAAACUGUCGUGAUGGGAACUCUUCAGCUGUUGUUUUUGUUGUCACAUGAUUUGCAUUGACUAAAAUAAGAAUUUUUAAGUAAAUUGUUGUACCUACCAGGCUGUCUUUGUACAGUUGUUACUAUUGGAUAUGAAUAACUUUUUUCUUUUGACAGAAAAAAGGGAUUGUGGGUAAAAAAUCUGAAUGUUUUAAAUGAAAAGUCUAUGUCAAAAAGUCUAAUGAUCUAUAGUCUUAUGUAAAU